GUCUGCUCAUUCCAUGCAUAUGUUUAUGGAGUUGUGGUGACGUUAAAUUUCACUAGAAUAAUUAGCGAGAAAGCAAAAAAAUCCCAGACAACACCUCGUGAUUCAUUCCGUUUUCAUUGUGAAGGUAGGAAAAAGUAUUACACGAAUGCAAUUGAAAUUAAUGUUUCACAUCGAAGUGAGUGAGCCGUAAUCGUUAUACGUGUUCAUACUUAAUUUCACUACGGCAUAUCUGCAAAUUCUUAAAUCAAGGAAUCACAAGCAUUUAUAAUCAACUUGAAAUGGCUACCGUACCACUGAUGUUCGCGGAAGAGGAUAUUGAGGGAGGGGGUAAAGAAGAAACAUCAAAUGGGAUAGAAAACGACUUUGCAUAUAACAACAAUGUGCAAAAUGCUAAUAUUAAAAUACGAAUGGCUUUUUUGCGUAAAGUCUAUGGUCUCUUGAGUGUUCAGUUGCUCAUGACCAUUGUUGUCGCAGCCAUAUGUAUGUUGAGCAAGCCUGUUAGAUUGUUCAUACACCAAAACGAAUGGAUGGUUGGAUUGUCAUUCUUCAUGACCCUCGGAUUUAUGAUGGCGUUAAUCUUCAAGAGAAGAGAACACCCCAUGAAUUUGAUUCUUCUGGGUGCAUUUACUUUGGUUCAAUCGUACACAGUUGGGGUUAUUGUUACAAUGUACGACCAAGCAAUUGUCUUAGAGGCUUUACUUAUCACAUUGACGGUGGUUGCUGGAUUAACAGCUUAUACGUUUCAAACAAAAAAAGACUUUUCGUUUUUAGGUUUUGGAUUGUUUGCUGGUCUGUGUGCCCUCCUGGUUGGUGGAAUUCUUCAAAUUUUCGUACAAAGUACUGGAUUUGAGUUGCUGCUCAGCAUAGGAGGUGCUCUGCUGUUUUCGAUGUUCAUUAUAUUUGAUACACAACUCUUAAUGCGCACAUUGUCACCUGAAGAGUAUAUUUUGGCAACCAUUAAUCUGUACAUGGAUAUAAUUAAUUUAUUCGUGCAUAUUCUCAGAGCUUUGGCUGCUUCUAGGCAAUAAUUAAUGCUCAUGAGAGUUCAAAACUUUUUCCAAUUUGUUAUUAUAUUUCGUGCUUGAUUGCCAAGAUAAAAUGUUCCGUUAUAAUUAAGGUAAAAAUUUCUUGUCUCACUUUUUUGCCAUUUUUUACGCACUUGGCGUGUGUUAAGCUUCUUAAGAUGAAUAAAGUGUCGUAUUUACGUA